UCCCCACACUCACUCCCAAACAACUCUCUCCCUCUCUCUCUCUCCAUCUCCAGUCCUCCACAGCAAUGGCGGGUUCAUCUGCUGUACCUUGAAAUUCUCCGCUGUUCCUCUCUUCGGCUCCUUUCUCAAGCUGAGCAAAAGGGGGAGCAAGAGGGCGAUGCAGAAGCUGGGGCGGAGGGCGUUGGUGGCGCUCCGCCGCCUGCUGACCGGCGCCAUAUGCGCGAUCGCCCUCCUGGCUCUCCUCUCCGUCCACUUUCGCGUCUUCCCUUUCUCCAGCCUCCCCGGAAUUGCCGACCCUCGCAAGCUCCCAACGCAGUAUGAAAUUAAAUAUCAGAGACAGGGCACUGAGCAGAGCUGGACACAAGAGCUCGUGCCGCCCCAUUUUUCGAAACCUCCUGCUUCUUCUCGCAAGACUCGACAGUUAGAUGGCGCAAACGGGAGUUCACAUUCUGUCAAGCUCUGGAAACCUCCCUCGAAUCGUGAUUUUGUGCCGUGUACAGAGCCCGGUCUUAACUACAUGCCUCCUGGAGAUUCACGAGGUUAUCUUCUAGUAAGUACGAAUGGCGGACUUAACCAGAUGCGAGCUGGGAUAUGUGACAUGGUUGCUGUGGCUCGUAUAAUGAAUGCCACUCUAGUGAUUCCAGAACUUGAUAAAAGGUCAUUUUGGCAGGAUACAAGCAACUUUUCAGAUGUUUUUGAUGAAGAUCAUUUCAUAAAUGCGCUGGCUAACGAUGUAAGAGUUAUAAGAAAGCUCCCUGAAGAACUAGCAACAGUGACAAAGGCAGUGAAGUAUUUCAAAAGCUGGUCUGGUAUGGAUUAUUACCAGAAUGAGAUAGCCAGCAUGUGGGACGAGCACAAAGUUAUUCGAGCUGCCAAAUCUGAUUCUCGUCUGGCAAAUAACAAUCUACCACCUGACAUUCAAAAGCUGCGUUGCCGUGCUUGUUAUGGUGCCCUUCGUUUUGCACCUAAAAUUGAAGCAAUGGGUAAAAUAUUGGUUGAUCGGAUGAGAGCUCAUGGUCCUUACAUUGCUCUUCAUUUACGUUAUGAGAAAGACAUGCUUGCCUUUAGCGGAUGCACACAUGACUUAUCUGAAUCUGAAGCAGAGGAGCUUCAGUUGAUCAGAGAGAAUACUUCCCACUGGAAAGUGAAGGAGAUUGAUCCUCUGGAGCAAAGAUUCAAAGGAUAUUGCCCGCUAACUCCAAAGGAGGUUGGUAUUUUUCUCGCUGCUCUCGGAUAUCCACCAAACACGCCUAUAUACAUUGCUGCUGGAGAGAUAUAUGGAGGUGAUUCUCGUAUGGCUGGUCUGAGAGCCCGCUAUCCCAAGUUAAUGAGAAAGGAAUUUUUGGCUUCGGCGGAGGAACUUCAGCCUUUUAUGAAUCAUGCUUCUCAAAUGGCUGCUCUUGAUUAUAUCGUUUCAGUUGAGAGUGAUGUUUUUAUUCCAUCAUACUCUGGGAAUAUGGCAAGGGCAGUUGAAGGUCAUCGUCGCUUUCUCGGACAUAAGAAGACAAUAUCUCCUGAUAGGAAAACUCUUGUUCGUCUCUUUGAUAAAAUUGGCAGCGGAACCUUGAAGGAAGGGAAAAAGUUAUCAAUCCGAAUAAUUGAACUGCAUAAAAGAAGGCAAGGAUCUCCGAGGAAGAGGAAAGGGCCUAUUGCAGGGACAAAGGGCACGGACAGGUUUCGGUCAGAAGAACCAUUUUAUGUUAACCCUUUGCCCGAUUGUUUAUGUCAUAGGGAAUCACCAAGCUCAAAUGCCUUGCAAAUCAGCUAACAACAUAAGUUGCAGAAGAAUGGCUCUCAAGAAUAGUUCCCUUUCACAUAUCAUUGGUUGCUGUAUUUCGAGCCUAAUGAUAUUGUUGCCUCAAUAGGAGGAUGCGGAGCAUGUAUAUUUGAGUUUAGGAUGUGUCGGCGGGGCACUUCAUUGGAUGUACAUGGAUAAAACAUUUUGCUGGGCGAAGGGAGCUGGCGAGAUAGUGAAAAGAAAAGGAGUGCAUAUCACGGACGAGUUGGUUGAUUUAUUAGAAUUGUAGGUAGGUUAUUUUUUAAGGAAAACAGUGUUGACUUGCUGCUUUCAAAUGUACGAGCAAAAUUUCGGACGUGUAGAUUUUCAAAUUAAAAGGUAAUAAAAGAGUGACAAAAUUUCCGUCCA